CACCACCACCACCACCUCCACCACUACCACCACUUUCGUUGAGCCUGGUACUCCCACACCAUUACGAAAGAGGCAUAAUCAAGAACAUGAACAUGUUAAAUGUGUUCCUGAUAAACAUAAACAUUAUACUUAUAAUAAACAUGGCAAAUGCACAGAAAUCACCUAUUGUACUCCAACAGUUUAUAAACCAUGUCCUAAAAAAAAUAAAACCACAACAAAAACCGCUUUUGAAACCACCACCUCCACUGCUACCGCCACUACUACUUCCACUUCUACCUCCACUUUCACCUCCGUUUUAGUAAUACCCACAUGUAGGGCUAGUGGCACUUUUUGUGAUCUUAGUAAUUUCGUUACAUGCUGUACCCAAUGUUGUUUGUUAACUGGUCCUAAUCAAGUUCCAAUUAAUCAAUGUUGCUAACAAGGUUUUUCUUAUUAGAAUACAUAGAAUCAUAUCUAUUAGACCGGGCAAGAAAAAUUUUUAUAUUCUCUUAACAUAAAAUUUUAAUAUUGAACAUUUUUAUAUGUAUUUUUUUUAAUUGUACAUCAUAUCAUAUGAU